AUGCUGGACUUUGAGCAUGUCAACACUAAACAGGACCUCUACGUUCUCGCAGCGGCCUUCACAACUAUGAAGCCAGCCACAUUGGGGACUGUUGACGCCGGCAAUAUCCGACCAGGGAACAUUACUGGGGUGGGUGAGGGAAGGUUAUGCGAAGAUCUUCCGAAGGGGGUCCUAGACCGCUAUGGUGUCCUCGCUGAAAGUCCCCAGGAACCUGAGAAAACAAUCCUGAAUCCUCAAUUCCUCCUCAAUUACGGUACUACAGUACUCAGUAGCCGACCCGACGCGACGAGAGCGCGGUUGUCAUCGGUGCCGACGGGAGCACUGCACGAAUACGCCGCACAUGAAAGUUUCCCACAUGAGAGUUUGCUUAUAUUUUGCAAAACUUGUACGGUGGAGGACUUAAAGGACUCGGACGCGCGCGCGCGCCGGCUGUGGUCAGACUCCAAAGAUCCCGUUAGCUUCGCUGCAGAACCCUGGUCGACGCGGUCCACAAUCGAAGCGGGAGAAGCUGUUGCGACUUUCUAUGGUGGAGAAUAG